CAUCUCAAAAUAUAAUAAUAUUCCUAGUCCCCACUACCUAAGUACAUAAAGCUAUAUAUAAACUCCACUUUGAAUCACCCAAGGCAAGAAACCAAACCAAAACAGCAUUUACAAAACAAACAAAGCCAAAAAACAAAACAGAGUAACGAUGUUUUCAGAUCACUCACCUUCUUCUUCUUCUUCUUCUUCUUCUUCUUCUUCUUCUUCUUCAUCUCAAGACUUCCAAGAACACUUCAUCAACAGUUUCGUCUCCAGAAAAUUGCUUCAGCAACUCCCAUUUGAUCACACCACUGCUCAACAAGCUCAUGACCCUGACAAGAACAACUUGAGCGGCAACGUUCUCCUCCUACUCUCUGUCCUUUUAUGUGGUAUCAUCUGCUCCCUCGGGUUGCAUUACAUCAUUCGUUGUGCAUUCACACGUUCUCGAAGCUUCAUGAUCUCUGAUCCCAUCUCUAGCCCCUCGUCCACACCACGAGGUUCAGAAGUAACAAACAAAGGGAUCAAGAAGAAAGCUCUCAAGAUGUUCCCAGUAGUGAAUUACUCACCAGAAACUAACCUGUCAGGGCUCGGCGAUGAGUGUGUCAUCUGUUUGUCUGAUUUUGCUGCUGGAGAACAGCUACGUCUGCUUCCCAAAUGCAACCACGGGUUCCACGUGCGCUGCAUCGACAAGUGGCUUAAGCAACAUAUGACUUGUCCGAAAUGCAGACACUGUCUGGUUGAGACAUGCCAAAAGAUCUUAGGUGACGGCGAUGAAGCUGAGCAAGUGGCAGCAGCAACCCCAAGUGAGAGGAGCAUAGAAAUCAGAAUUGCUCCUCUAGAACCUGAAGCAAGAGUAGCCACUUUUAGAGAAAGCAGCUAGCGUAUGCCAACAAACAAACAAAUUAUAUUUCAAGAAUUUGGUUUCACCAGCAAGAUUUUAGAUUUUUUUAAUAGAUUUGAACAUAAUUUAUGUCUCUAGCCAUAGGAUUUCAAAAUCAAAUAUACUUUCAGCUUUCCAAUCAAUCGUAAGUUCAAAAGGUUUUUCAAGUUUGAUAAACUCUUUUCAGAGAAUUCCUCUGCAUAUUCAAAUCACAAUCACAGGGUAUACAACUAUGUAACCACUAGUUUUGAAGGUCUGAAAAGAAAUGGUUUCCAUGGA